UGAAGACAGAACAACCGUAGACAGACAAUAUCGUUAGCCGACCUUGAGCUCUCAUAUAAUGGGAAAUCAAUAACUAAGGCUCUUAUUUCUGUCAUAUUAGUUGUUAGGAGAUAAACAGUAUAUUGGAUGACGUUUAUCCCAUUUAUUACCAUUUGAAUCAUUUAAAACUGGUUAAAAGUUUGAUUUGGUAUGUCAACUUUAAAUGAACCACAUAGAAAAUUGAAAUGUCUCUAUGCAGGAUUCAUAUGUAUCGAAUCUAAACUCGGUAUGAGAACAAUGAAUCAGGCUAUUCAAACUGUACUAAAGAACAUACAUCCAAAUCAAUGGCUUCCAGUAUAUGUUUCGAUUUCUCCAUCAACAGUCAAUUUCUUUUAUCAAAAACAUAUUGUUGUAAAUCUUCGCGUUUGCUCAGUUCCAUUUUUUGGGAUUUACAAUAAAGAUGAAAAAAUUUGUGGUAUUAUACAACAUACAGCUGAUAAUUUAUUUUUAUGUCAUGUUUUAACUUGUCCAAUAAAUGCUAUGGAAUUAUGUAAAACACUUAAAGCAGCUUGUGAAUUACGCUAUCAACAAUGUGUGGACUCAAGAAUGUUUAACAAUCACAAACCAAGUAAUAACUCAUUAGAUGAAUCAAAAACGAGAUUAGUAGAACAUUCAGAUAAGCAAAUAAAGAAUGAACAAAUUUUACACAUGAAUAUCACCAGUCAACUGGAAAAAGUAAAGUGUGGAUUAAUUCGAAGAAUCUAUCAACAGAAAAACUGGAUUAAAUUUAAUUUAUUACCCUACUCAAGUGAUGUAAGUCUAUCGGAUAAGCCAAAAUUUUACGAUAAGUAUAAUCAAGAAACUACGGACUUUCAUCAUUUAUUAUAAUUUAUAAAACUGUACAUUAAUUACUGCUAUUCUUGAAGACGAUGUUAGUAAUAUAAAUGUCUUACUUUUUAGACAGUCACUUUAAUGAUGUUUAAAAAAUUGCAUUGAACAUGAUCAUUUUCUUUAAAUUUUUGAGACUGUGUGCAGAAAAAAACCUAACCAGCAUAGGUAAUAAGCAGAAUACCACAUCUGACUACAUGAAACUGUAGUGAAUAGAACACAAGUGGAGGACAAUCAAACGUAUUUGGUAACAAAUUACAGAACCAGUUGGUAAAAUCUAACAACCAAAUAGUAAAUCGUUAAUUUGCAAAAUAUCAAUCCAUCAUAUCAAACUGG